AUGCGGGGCAGCAGGCGCAUGGUACCGCUGGCGCGCCUCCAGUCCUGUGCCCGGCGCGCAAGACUGCUGUCCCCCUUUCCCAAGCCCUGGUCACCAUUCUCGUCCUCCUCCGACGGCCCUGACGCCCCUGGCGACCCGGAUGCCCAGCCCAAUGGCCACGGCCGGGGCAGGGGCCGAGGCGCCCUGCCCAAAGGCUACCGGGAGCCUGCGGACGCAUUCGAGUUUCGGUUGAGAGAAAGGAAGGGAGAGGCCUUGGCGGGAAUGGGGCGCGGGGCGGCAUCGGGGAAGCUGGCCGAGAGAGUUGGCUUGAUGCCGAUGGCCGAUGAUGGGAUUGGGGAGGCGGGGAGAUCGCAGGUGGCGGGCGGGGCCCCGGGGCCAAGGGACGACAGGGCGAGGAGAUACGGUGAGGGCGGAGAGUCGGGGGCGGCCGCAGGCGACGCGGGUGCCCCUUCUCGAUUGCGAGCUGCGCCUGAUGAGGAUGCCCAACUGCGAACACAUGUUCAUGGCAAUCAGGGGGCUGAUCGGGAAGAUCCGAUGCUUUCAGCAUCCAAAGUGCAGGGUAGAGAACAGGGAGGUGAAACUUCUGCUGAGGGCAUUGUUCCCAUGGAGGCGACGCAACGGAGAGAAGUGGCCGAGUCAGUUGCAUUUGGGGAAGCAAAGGCCGAGAAAAAGGCAUGGGCAGAUGGGUUGACCCCUGGGGCGAAAUCGCAUGCAGGGGGAGCAAAGCCAGAGGAAACGGCAUGGGCAGAUGAGUUGACCCCAAGAGCUAAAUCGCAUGCAGAAUCUGAUUGGAUGGCAGAACUCUACCCACGACCUCCAGUGAAGCAAUGGGGUACACGGGAUCAGGCAUCUGAAUCACAAGAUCAAGUUAAGAAGCCAGGCGUUGUCUUGCAAGAAAGGGCAUCUCCAGAUCUGGAACCUCUCGUAAGGGAUGUGGAAGCAGUGCCUCCAACUGUAGGCACAACUGUUUCACCACAACACCGUGCCGAAGAGCAACAUGUUGUGACAACAUUGCCAUCAUCUGAUGGAAUGCAGGCAGUGACAAUGGAAGGCAGCACACUGGAGAGGCUGACAACAGGGACGGGGACUGGAGAAGUGGCUACAGCAGCACACGUUGAAGAUAAAGCAAAGAAAGCUGCAGAAUUGAAGGAAGAUGUGGCAACCCCUGAGCCCCAUGCGUUGGCGUCUGCCGGAGAGCGACCUGAAGGGGAGCAGGCUGCUGAAUCGGCAAUGGACAGCUUCAUGGCAAGACACGAAGGAAAAGUUGGUCCUAGUGAUGAAGCAUCAGGAUUGGCUGAUGUGCACGUGGGUAAAGAAGGGCAGGAUGGCAAAUCAGCAAUCGAUCGUUUCCUGGCAAGAGCUGCAGAAAGGGCUAGGUCCCAGGUACGCCGAUCAGUAGUGGCCGACGCUGGUGUGGUGGACACCGAUGAGGGUGGGGAAAUCAGGGAAUCACUCAUGGAGAGGUUGGGCUGGAGAGCAGAUGCUAUGGCACCCACAGAAGCCCCAGACGUUGCUGAGCCUGUAAAAUCGGUUCCAAGAAGCGAGCUGGCUGAGCGCCUGGGGUGGAUCGAGGCAACACAAGAAGAGAUUCCUUGGGAGGAGGAAGACGGGCGCAGGCCAGCACGGCAAAGUAUGGACUGGAGACAUGGAACAGGCAGGGGAUAUACCUGGUCACCGUACAAGAAGGAGAGAGAAAGCCCUGAAGAGCGAAGGCAAAGAGGAGUGAGAGGCGGACGUCGCCGGGGACCUGGGCCUGGUAUGGAGGCCAGGGAGGAAGGCGUCGAGGGGGAACCGCCGUCAAGGAGGCCUGGUCGAAGAGACGAAGAUGAAGAAGAGGAGAUUGUCCCACCUGAUUAUCCACCUCACAAUCCAGCAGAGUAUUAUGUGCCCAAUGCCUUAGAAGCAGCUGGCCUAGAGCUGGGUCAGCAUGACUACAUGGAUUUGGAGAGAAUGUUCCAGCUGGCGCUCGAGCCUCAGCACAGCAUAAAUUUUGGCCCUCCUGUUCACUGGAGCCGCCUCACAAAUAGGAUAAGCCCAGAGCAGUACUUGGAGGCAAACAAGCACAAAGUCGUGGAGGUGAUGAAGGUGCAAGGCAUGGAAUUGACGGAAGAAACUUGGAAGGAAGUCAAAGAGAAAAGCAUCAAAGACUUUCAGGAAUGGGAAAAGCAAAUGGACAUGGAGAAACUCAUGGCUGGCGACAGCCUUUUUGGCAAUGUGAAGGCCGAAGAGAGAUUCCUGCAAGAGCUUGUUGAAGAAAACGUCCCUGCAGGGCAUCCGCUCCUGGGCCACAUGCAUCAAACCCUGAAGUCGCUGGAGAACAAUCCGCACUGGACGUUUCAGCAGAAGGCAAAGUUCAUUUCUGGCAUGAUUAAGGAUUUGAAUUCCCAACAGGCAUCGUCAGGGCACUAG